UUGCAAUUGCCCGUCGCCCAAGCAGGUGUCUUGAAAGCGCCGCCAUGCCCUCACAUGUCUAAAUUCCUUUCCAGGUUCAUGGGUCGAUCAUGUUUGGUCUGGGGACCGCCCCGCGCGUGCUGAUUGGAUCUAAUGUCGUUAUUUUCUUACCAGAGAUUCUGGCACGCCCUGGGCCCGUUGGGCCGGCGAAUUCUGCUGGCUCUGAUGCCCAUGUCGGCGUCGGCGACGAUCUAUACAACCACACCGUGUUCGUGGUUUGGGUACUCUGAGCAAGAGUUCGAGCAGGUGUGGUACUCCAGGUUCUUCAUUGCGUCGGUCGUGGCCACAGCCGUCUGCGCUCUCACCACCCUUCUGGCGUCGCUUCCAUUGUGUCUCGGGGCCAGGAAGGGCAUGCCUCUGAGAAUUAUCGCGGGCGUGCUCGCUCUGAUCGCUGGCUGCUCCAUGUGUCUCCCCAUGGCAAUGGGCAUUGCGCAUCGGGUGUAUUACCAGAGGGAGUACUGCACCAGGUGCUACGACUGGAACUGCGACGAGUGGUACAGGGAGGCGCACUUUACUUUCGAGGACGUGGUCUCAGACUACGAUCAAGCUUUCGGUUUCCUUGUCCUCGUCUUCGGCGUCGCCACCUUGGUCCUGUCCUCCAUCACAUGCUGCCGGUGCUGCGGCUCAAUGAGUGAGCGUAACACGCAGAAGCAGACAGUCUCGGCCGCGCCUAAUGCAGUGUGAGUGUGCGAUGCAAGAAGUAGGUAAUUCAUCAGAACAGAAUUCCUUUGCUACGUAACGUAGCCGCCGCCCGUCCAUAUACUAAAUCACCAGAGCGACGCAACAUAAGUUUGCGAUACAGCAGCCGGCUUGCCUGGUUUAUUACAGAGGGGCCAGUACAUCUGCAUGAGGCUUUCUGGGCACCCGCGCAGAGAUGCGGGCCCUACAGGCACAGCGUGACGCCACGCACGGUGUGGAAAACAGCAGGAAGCGCAUGGACCCAAAAUUGACCUCUCGUGACACGAGUGAGGAAGUCCAUGCUGCCAGUGGCACGGAACUGGCCGAUGACAAACGAUCGGUUGAGCGAUCCCCACGAUAUCAGAAACCCGCGCCGACGUCGUAACGACACGAGCUUCGACACGGCA